AUCGACCGCUCCUGCGACCGUCUGCGGCAUUCACUAUCUUUUGUGAGCCUUUGCGACAUAUUGUCUCAUCUCUACAUCUAUUAUCAGAAAAUCCCGACUUUGUCUGGGGUAGCUGCUCUACAAUCCGAGAGCUCUCCCAGCGUUCUGGUCGCAACUGGAUGUAGCUGGUCAGCUUGCACAUUGCGUUGACCGUACUCCACAGCUACCAGCCACUCUCGAACUUGAAAUCGAUAAACGGACUUUGCGCACGCAGACCUGUUCCAUGACACGACUAUAUCGAUAGUUGCGCGCAUAGUUCAAGACCAAAAUCGCAAAAGCUUGGAUGCGAGGCAAAGUUUGGAUCGGUGCACGCAACAUUGACAAUCAGCCAAGAUGACCGCAAUCUACAACUUAUUAACGCGGUUGGAAGGGGACGCAAGAAAUCAGAUUGAAUUGACGAUGCAUCAACUGAUCGCAAGGGUAAACAUCCCGUACAAUUCGAGCAGUCCACCUGGCCUCAUCGAAGCAGAUACUCGGGACCCGUUCAACAAGAGCGGAAAAUACGCGUUGGGCUGGGUGUUCUUUGGACUUAUAUUGCUCGCAUUUACGUCGGCGCUGUACUGCUACCACGCAUUUACAGACCGAAUAAGAGCUGCUUGGUCAAGUCACCAAUAUGAGGUAUAUAAAUCCAGCGCAACUUCGUCUCCAUCCGAUGACUACGAAAUGGCGGCUUUUCCGUAUCCUACUGACAAAUCAACCAACAAGUUGUUUCCGCGUGUCAUGGACCUCGAGAGGGAAACCCACCUUCCAAGAACCCAGCCAACAAUAUCAGGAUGGAGACCUCUCCUUUUCAUGAUCGCUCUCUUUCGAUUCAUUUUCUAUCGGACAAUUCCUGACUGGAGGAUACAUAAGAGUCUCAAGCCGAUCGUAUUCCCACCUCUUUCUGUGUUGUUCAUUGGAUUCGCCGGCGUUGCGUUCUCUUUGAUGUAUACCUUUGUACCGCAGCCGCUCUACUGGACAAGCAUUCAAUAUGGCUCACCUCCUGUGGCUAUCAGAUCCGGUAUGCUCGCAGUCGCAUUGCUACCAUGGGUUGUAGCAAUGGCUAUGAAGGCGAAUUUUGUCUCGAUUAUAACCGGGAUCGGACCGGAACGUCUGAACGUCUUCCAUCGCUGGGGCUCGUAUCUCAUGUUGUUGCUGAGCUUGAUCCACACCAUACCCUUUUAUAUCACACCUAUUACGGAUGCACGGGGAGUCCCAGCAUUCAAAAGCUUCUUUUCGCGACAACACUUUUAUGUGUACGGAACUGGUGUCGCGGCCCUUGUACCUCUUUGUUUCCUAGUUAUUCAUUCGUUGCCUAUUAUAAGACGACCUAUGUAUGAACUGUUCUUGGUGUUACAUUGGCCAGUGGGUGCAGUCUUUGUUGGGACGAUGUUCUGGCACUGCAACAACUACCUUACCUCAUACUCAUACUUAUACGCCACUGUUGCCAUCUGGCUGACGUCUUGGGUUGGACGGAUCUUUUACACCAACUUCCUCAACCCGAGGCGAAUGUCGUGGCUUAUUGGGGACGAAUCGGCAAUCACACUGCUACCCGAAAAUGCCGUCAAGAUCACCGUCCCCACGCAGAUGAAGUGGCGUCCAGGUCAAUACGUAUACAUUCGAAUGCCUGGCAUCUCAAUCUUCGAAAAUCACCCCUUCACCAUAGCAUCCUUGUGUAGCGAUGAUUUUCCCUCCGAGUAUGGCGAAGAGUAUAGAGAUUUACUUCUUGUUUUUCGUCCGUUCGGUGGUUUUACCAGGAAAGUCGUCAACACCGCACUGGAGAAGGGGGAGUGGAAAACUUAUCGUGCAUUCUUGGACGGCCCAUACGGAGGUAUGAGGAGGCGUAUCGAAUCCUUUGACAAAGUCGUUCUUAUUGCCGGCGGCAGCGGCAUCACUGCUAUCGUGAGCCAACUCCUUGAUCUCAUCAAACGAAUGCGAGACGGAAAAGCAGUCACAAAGGAUGUUCAAGUUAUCUGGGCCCUGAAAAGGCCAGAAACUAUGGAGUGGUUUAAAGAGGAGUUACGCAUUUGUCGUGACUGCGCCCCUCCUGAAUCUGUUAGAUGCCAAUUUUUCAUCACUUCGGCAAAACGUAUGUCGGUUAGGACGCAUCAGAUGACAACACAAGCGGCAAACAGACAUAUCAGCACAUACCUUCAUGACAAAGUCAACGACAAGUUUAUGGACAUUGCUGAGAAGAGGGCGAGCUACCACUCCAAGCGUAACUCCGCCUACAUUCAAGAAUAUGCGGAGGGCGAUGAGAACUUAGAGAAAGAGCUUCGAACAGAGAACGAAGACGUCAUUCAACCGCUUCCUAAAGCCCAUAUCAAGCAGAUAAACCACCCUAAUGCACAGGCUCAUGAAGGUGGCCGCGACCUUGCCCUCGACAUCAAGACUGCCCUUGCAUCAGGUAUGCCAGACAGUGUCCUUGAUCCAUCAGCGGCCGAUGAGGGAUUCAAUUUUGGAUUCCCGUCCACCCCGACGGAGUUUCAGAAGAAUCUCAUGCGAUUUGCGUUCCUCCCCGCGGCGAAAAGAGGAGCAGAUGGGUGGAGCACAGAGUAUGGCCGACCAGACUUGCCAUACAUGCUACGCCAAAUGAGCAAAUCGUGGGGCAAGAGGACAUGUGUCUUCGUUUGCGGGCCGCCGAGCAUGCGUGUCACUGUCGCGAGCGCAGUGGCGUCGCUGCAGAGCCUUAUCUUCACUGACCCGGAGAAAGAAGAGAUCUUCUUGCACACUGAGAAUUAUGCGCUCUAGAAAGCGUAACAUUACUGGCACGAUGUUGGUACAUCUACAUCGACGGAUACUAAGACGGUCAACCACGAACCGCAGGUUCACCAUCUGGUUGGCAUACUUUUGCUUAUGAUAUACCCAACUGUUCUUCGAUACUUCGCUGUGUAUGAUUGAUUGACUUGUACAUAAUAUUUGGUAAUGAUUUAACGAAUAGUAAAAUGGCGGAGCAAAGAUUCUCACGAAUGGGGACCACCUCAGCUCACGCUUGUUAUACCAAACUAUACAGCAACUAGCGUAUAUGCAACAAAUUCAAAACACCGUCAAACAAUGGUUUCGUUAGCAUAGCAGAC